AAGAUAUAGAUUAACUGUUAAUAGCUUGCUCGUUAGUCAGCUGUUAGCGUGCCACGUUUACGUCUGCCAAUAAAAGAAAACUUCAUGUAAUUUCUAUAACUUAUGACGUUAGCUCAGGUCAGUAGAGAUAAUGAUUUAACCUGGGAACAAAUCUCGGCAAAGUGUAUGGUGACUCCUUGGACACUAACGGCAGCAGUCACGAGGCUGUUAUUGUGAUAUGGGGCUUUUUUGCUCUGUAGAUUUACAGUGUAAAACUCAAAAAAUUUAGGAGCCCUCAGGCUCAUCCAGAACCACUUUACAAAAGGUAUCAGCUGAUAAAAUCUAACAUUGAUGCUCUAAUUUCCAGUUAAGACCUUGUCUGUGUUCCUAAAUAUUGGCUCACAUGACCAAAAUGUAUGUUGAAGAGAACAAUGUCAUUCUUUUAGGGUGAAUUUCUGCUGACCUCCUGGUGGGUCAGUCGUUAUAAACCUAUGCUGUGCACCUAAACAUAGAUAAAACCCACAGAGCAUUUAGUUGUUAUCCCAAAAAUAUGACAACAUGAUGCUCAACAUAUUUAGAGCAUUUCUAUUUGACGUUAUUAAAACAUAGAGUCUUAGGUUUAAUCAUCUUACUCACUGUACAUAUCUUAUAGCUGCAAUAAAGAGUUGGUGAUACCAUCUGAAAUAGUGUACAACAAGAGGUUUUUUCCCAGCCCCUAAAGCUACUUUAGUUGAAACAAAAAGGAGAGAAAUGGUUGUUGAUGCAUUAAGCAUUAAGCGCUUUGGGGUUGCAUUUUUGAUGUAUGAAAGGCAAACAAAGUUUGAUUGAUUGAUUGAUUAACUUUUGUAGUAAUUAGUGGCACAGAUGCAACAUUGUGCAAAUUUGGUUGAUUUACAUGUCAAUUCAGGAAAUCUAGAAGCACAGAAAAACAAACAGUCCUUGUGCCACAGUGGGUUGUCAUCAGCCUUUACUACUUGUAGAUUCGAUGCUCUGUCCCAUGUAUUCCAUUCAGCUCUGCAGCAGGCUGGCAGAAAUCCAACCCAUGCAACUCUCAAUAAAUACUGGACCCCGAGGACGUCCAAACUGAACUUUGAUGACUUCUGUGAAAUUCUCAAGAAUGAGAAGAAAACUGAGGAGACAGAACUAAUGAGAGCCUUUAAAAGGAUGGAUGUGAACGGUGAUGGCUAUAUCUCACACAGUGAACUGGAGAAGGCACUUACCACUAGAGGAGAGAAAAUGACCACUGAGGAGGUGAAUGCUAUUUUCGCAUUAGCUGACAUCAACAAAGACGGCAAGCUGGAUUAUGCAGAAUUCUGCAGAUUGCUCGUGUCUACAGUAGAGCAGUGUCAGAUGGCUGCUUUGGAGAGGCUCGAGGCUAACGCCAAACUGAAGAGACAGAACUUUGGCAGUCAGUCAUACAGCCCUCCUAAGAGCUCAGUGUCAUCAGCAUCAUCAGCAACAGCAGCAGCAGCACAAGCAGCAGUGACUCUCCCCCAGCCUCCUGAAACACCCCGGGCAGAAUCAGACAUGACACUCAAGAAAGACAGCAGAGCAUCCUCCCGGCCUUCCUCCGCUCGCAGCAGACGGUCGUCCCUGUCGAACUCAAUCACUAUGACAUCCAGCAGCACUAAAGCCAGCAAAAUACCAGAGCCGUCAGGAUUACAGGAGUGGCUUCACAGGUACACGAGGGGCUGUUUCUUCUUGGAGGACGAUGGAAGCAUUGGCUCUCUGCAGUACCAGCUCCACAUCCCCCAGACAACUAACGUCUACCUCACCAUCCAACCACUCAGCCUCAGCCACGGACCAGACAAGCCGUCUUCAUGGAUGACAGUGGACACGGCUCUUUUUGUCAUGUCAGCUGGUGAAACCAAAGAGGACUCAACUUUUGUGUGUUUCACUGAGUCGAAAGACAAAGAAAAGUAUGUUUGGAAAGGAGAAUUGCAUGCUGGGACUUACUACCUGCUGCCCUUCACCAGUGGCUGCAAACUAAAGAAAAGGAGCAAAAAGAGCCUUUCUAAUAAACCAGUAGAGCUCGUCUACAGGACUGACACUGGAGAGCUAGACCUCACCAGGGAGCUCAGGGAGGUGCUGUCUGACAUCUUUGAGGUGAUAGACCUGGAUGGGAAUGGGUUGCUCAGUUUGGAGGAGUACAACUUCUUUGAGCUGAGGACCAGUGGGGAGAAAUGUGACAAGGAUGCCUGGGCUGUCUGCAAAGAGAACUUUGAUAUGAGGAAGAACCAGCUGACCCAGCAGGGCUUCAUGGAGCUGAACCUGAUGGAGGCCACGGAGAAAGAUGGAGACCCCGCGGACCUGUGGGUCACCCUGGAAGCCAUGGGCUACAACCGAAUGUUGGAGCUGGUAGAGGCUUGUCCAUUCCAAAUAGACGUACACUGUGAAGGCACUCAGCCAUCCGUCCAACCACUCAGCAUGGACUCAGGGCCCAAGCUUCUGAACCAGGCCGUCCAGAAGUCCAUCACAGCCAGGACAGGGGCCAAAGCACUGAGGGGACAAGACAACGUCUUUGUCUACACCUACAGAGGAGAACACAGGAUCUCCUCCCUCAUAGCCAACAAGACUAACCAGAAAGUGACUGUCCAUGUCAACAACGAGCAGAGCAGAAACUGCUGCAGCAGCAGAGGCAUGAGUGUGUUUGCUGUCGAGGUGCCAGGCAGGACUAAGAUGGUGUGCCAACAUGUCCUGCCCAUUAAUGAGAGACAGGAUUGGACCUACAACUGUGUGGAGACCAUACUACCCUGCACAUAAAGCUGCACCCCCAUCACUCACCUGUGCUACUGAUACAGAGAAGUGAUGGGCAAAGAUUAUUCAUACACCAGUGGUUUCAUAAAGGAUAUAUGACAAAGAGAAACUGUUAAAUAUCCACUGACAAUGUGACAACUGUUGUUACUGGUCGGAUUAAUAGAUGUUAUGUGUAAUUGUACUGUAAAUAUCAAGGUCCAAAAGGAACACCGCAGAAUCAUUUUAACUUUUAGAAGCCCACCAUUCAACGCUUGCCUGUAAGUUUUAUAAAGCCUCAUAUGUCAGACAGCAACACCAGAAGCUGAGACCCUCUGGCUGCUUGUGGCCAGCAGCUUGAGAACAGUGUCUCAGAAACUCAGUGACUGGAUGCAUCAGAGGUGUUAGCCAUUGAUGCCAAUGAGAAGUGGUCACCGUAGUCAUAAAGUACAACUAAUAAUAGUUGUUACUGCUUUUGUCAUGCCUUUGUAUGUGGGACAGAAAUUUCUUUAACCAUAAUUAACAUUUUAAAUAUAUACAAUGUUUAGAUCAAGGGUUAAAUUGCCAACAUGACUUUUUUUAUAUAUAUUUCAUCCUCUAAAUGGAGGCUGUUGUCAUGGUGAAUUGACAGUAGAUGUAAUAAUUUUGAAAAAAGUCUACUCUUGUGUCUGCUACUUUAUGUAACAUCAAUAUACAUUUUGUCACAGUAAUUGAGAAUAUUGUAGAAUAGAGUAUUAUUUCAGUGAGGUUAUACAUUACGAUCGUGGUUCUCCAUCAACAUGCUACAAUCGCAAUGAUGUGAAAGAUGAGUUUCGCAGUUUUAACCAGUUUUCCAUGUCCCAAUAUGCAGUUAUUUAAUUUUGAAGGCCAACCAAACUUGCUAAAAUUUUAUACUGUUGUGUUUUCAUGUUUUACUUUGAAAAAUAUUGCAUCGCUUCCCUUAUGUAAAUGUAAACAUUACUAUUAAAAUAUUACUCUCAUA